GCAAGGAGAGCGUCACACUCCAAGUCUGAGUCUGUGUCUGGGAGGGCGACCAAACCCCUAACCCCUACGGAACCUGCGAUUCGCACAAUUUUGUCGAAUUCUUGAAUUGAAAUGAGCCUGGAAAUUCCAAAUCAUCUUCACCAAUUGUGAUUAUCGCGGAUUGGAAUUUCUAGCCAGGCCCCGUUCAUGGCUGCGGCUAACCACAGGCAGUUUCAGAAACCGGAGGAAUUGGUCGAUCCAGAGAUUCCAUCGACGUCCUAUUCGUCGUCGUCGUCGUCUUCAAAUUCGAGCCGGAAAAAAUGGUCGAAUCUGCUGCCGAUUUUGGUUGGCUUGGUAGUGAUAGGGGAGAUCGCCUUUUUGUGCCGGCUGGAUAUGGUGAAGAAAGCUGACCUAGUCAACUCGUGGGCUGACUCGUUCUACCACUUCACUGAGAAGGCGUCGGUUUCCUGGACAGCAGACGACGCCAGGUCGGGUCAGGACGUGAUUACGGGCUCAGAGGAGAGCUGUGAGGCAUGGCUGGAGAGGGAGGAUUCCGUGCCGUAUUCUAGGGAUUUCAUGAGAGAACCUAUAUUGGUGCACGGCAAUGAUGAGGAGUGGAAGACCUGUGCUGUUGGAUGUAAGUUUCGAUAUGGAGUUGAUAAGCCCGAUGCUGGAUUUGGAAUGCCACAGAAGCCCGGUGUGGCUACUGUGCAUAGAUCGAUGGAGGCAGCUUCGUACUACUCUGAGAAUAAUAUUGCAACAGCACGCCGGAAGGGGUAUGACAUUGUAAUGACAACCAGUCUUUCAUCAGAUGUUCCUGUGGGAUAUUUUUCUUGGGCUGAAUAUGACCUAAUGGCGCCGGUUGAACCAAAAACUGAAGCUGCUAUUGCCGCUGCUUUCAUUUCCAACUGUGGUGCUCGUAAUUUUCGUUUGCAAGCUUUGGUUGGACUUGAGAAUGCUGGUGUCAAAAUUGAUUCUUACGGGGGCUGCCAUCGAAAUCGGGAUGGAAAUGUGAACAAGGUGGAAACAUUGAAGCGGUACAAAUUUAGCUUGGCAUUUGAGAAUUCCAACGAGGAAGAUUAUGUCACUGAGAAGUUUUUUCAGUCUCUAGUUGCUGGCACAAUUCCUGUUGUCAUCGGUGCUCCAAAUAUCCAAGAUUUUGCACCUUCGCCUACUUCGAUUUUACACAUCAAGCAAGUGACAGAUGUCGAUUUUAUAGCCAAGAAAAUGAAGUUUCUCGCCGAAAAUCAGAGUGCAUUCAACGAAUCAUUAAGGUGGAAGUUCGACGGGCCAUCCGACUCUUUCAAGGCCCUGGUCGAUAUGGCUGCAGUACACUCAUCAUGCCGAUUAUGCAUCCACUUGGCAACCAAGAUCCACGAGAAGGAAGAACAGAUCCCGGAAUUCAAAAACCGCCCUUGCAAGUGUACCCGCAGCUCAAAAACCACGUAUCACAUUUAUGUAAGAGAAAGAGGGAGGUUUCACAUGGAAUCUGUUUUCUUAAGGUCCGACAACUUGACCCUCAAUGCCCUUUCGGAUGCAGUUUUAUCAAAAUUUACAUCCUUGAAACACGUUCCUAUUUGGAAACCAGAGAGGCCGGCAAGCAUAAGAGGUGGAAAAGACCUCAAAGUGCACAGGAUUUACCCGGUGGGGAAGACGCAGAGGCAGGCAUUGUACACCUUCCGAUUCAAUGGAGAUUCUGAGCUGCGCCGCCAUAUAGAAACCCACCCGUGUGCGAAAUUUGAAGCCGUUUUCGUAUAGGUAUUCGGAGGGCUCGAGCCUCGGGAUUUCGAAAAAUCACACGAGAAAGAAUCAGACAACAGGCAGGGUAGGUAACUCUAUGGCAGCCUCGAAGAUCUUUGUAGGGAUUCAACUGUUUUUAUCGGAUGAAUUUGCCUGAUUAGUUUCACCAGAUUUUUGUGUCCUAAAUUAAUUGAUUAGCAAUGCCAAGAAGUUGGAACAAUGAGUCUUUUGGCAGCCAUCGGCGCCGUGAUUGAUAUGAUAUGAUCAACGGCUGAGAUGCAUUUGGACUAUUUUGUCAUUUCACAUGUAUAUGAGGCGAGGCGGCUCUAUCGGCUAUGGCCUGUGGCUGUGGCUUUGAGUCGCCCUGCCCUUUCAUUCCUU